UCUGACAGAACAAUGAGACGGCAAGUACUGUUGUUUUUCUCGGUCCUCUGCCUCAGUUCAGUGCUCGGCCAGAUCAGCUACUCAAUUCCCGAGGAAAUGGCCAAAGGCUUGUUGGUCGGUAAUAUUGCUCAGGAUUUAGGUGUAGAUGUUAGACGAUUGCAAGCGGGCAAAGCUCGUAUUCACACGGGAGGCAGUACAGAAUACAUCCAGCUUAACAAGGAAAAAGGACUCCUUAUUAUCAAAGAGAGAAUAGAUCGCGAAGCUCUUUGUGGCCAGACAACGCCUUGCGCUUUGCAUUUUCAAAUUGCCUUAGAAAAUCCAAUAGAAAUAUUCCAGAUUACUGUCGAAAUCACCGAUAUUAAUGACAAUGCUCCCGUUUUCCAAAAGGACGAGAAAAACAUUGAAAUAAGCGAGUCUGCAGUCAUCGGCUCUAAGUUCAUGCUAGAGAAAGCAAUAGACCCCGAUAUAGGACUGAAUGGUCUUCACAGCUAUACACUAAAGCCCAAUGAUAAUUUCAUACUUAAAUUGCACAGUCAAUCCAAUGGCGUCAAAAAGGUUGAAAUGAUUUUACAGAAACCUCUGGACAGAGAGAAACAUGAGUUUGCAUCAUUGUUGUUAACAGCUGUAGAUGGAGGAGAGCCGCAGAGAUCUGGAACCAUGCAGAUUCAUAUUACAGUAUUAGAUGCUAAUGAUAAUGCUCCUGUAUUUACGCAAACUGUUUACAAAGCAAGUGUAAAAGAAAACUCCCCCACAGGAACUCUCAUUACUAAAGUGAGUGCUUCUGAUGCAGACAAAGGCUCAAAUGGAGAGGUUAGUUACAUCAUCGGAAAUAGCAUAAGGAGCAUUUCAGAAUUAUUCCACAUUACUGAAGACGGCCAUAUCACUUUAACUGGGCCUAUUGAUUAUGAAAAGGCAAAAAGUUAUGAACUUGAUAUAGAGGCGAUCGACCAAGGAGGUCUCUCUGAUUCAAGCAAAGUGAUAAUUGAUAUAGGUGACAAUAAUGACAAUAGUCCUGUCAUAAAUAUGAUUUCAUCAUCAUAUUCAAUAGGUGAAGAUUCGCGCUCCAACACGGUGGUGGCUGUAAUGAGUGUCAAUGAUCCUGAUUCUGAAGAAAAUGGGAAGGUCCGAUGCGUUAUUAGUAAGAAUACACCAUUUUCUAUUGCAUCUACAUCUAAUAUCUAUAGCAUCGUGACAGAUAGCGAUUUAGAUAGAGAGAGAGCUUCUGAGUAUAAUAUAACUGUGACUUGCUCUGAUGAGGGAGUGCCCUCCCUCUCAAGCAGCGUCACUCUCACCGUAAAGAUCUCUGAUGUAAAUGAUAAUGCACCUGUCUUUGAGAGGAGCUCAUAUGAGGCCUACAUUGUAGAAAACAACACACCAGGCCUCUCUAUAUUCACAGUGAAAGCCAGAGACGCCGACUGGAACCAGAAUGCCCGUGUUUCUUACAUACUGGAGGACUCCUCUUUUAACGGAGUGCCAGUCUCCUCAUAUGUGUCCGUUAGUGCUGAUAGUGGAGUCAUCCAUGCAGUUCGCUCUUUUGACUACGAGCAGAUCAAAGAUUUCCAGUUCCGAGUCAAAGCUCAGGAUGGAGGCUCUCCUCCACUCAGUAGUAACGUGACUGUGAAAAUAAUGAUCCAGGACCAGAACGACAACCCUCCUCAGGUUCUGUACCCAGUCCAGACUGGUGGCUCUGUGGUGGCUGAAAUGGUGCCUCGUUCAGCAGAUGUGGGCUAUCUGGUGACUAAAGUGGUGGCUGUGGAUGUGGACUCUGGACAGAAUGCCUGGCUCUCCUAUAAACUGCAGAAAGCCACAGACAGGGCGCUGUUUGAAGUGGGCUUACAGAAUGGAGAAAUAAGAACUAUCCGCCAGGUGACUGAUAAAGAUGCUGUGAAACAAAGACUGACUGUUAUAGUGGAGGACAACGGGCAGCCCUCACGUUCAGCUACAGUCAUUGUUAACGUGGCGGUGGCGGACAGCUUCCCUGAAGUGCUGUCAGAGUUCACUGACUUUACACACGACAAGGAGUACAAUGACAACCUGACUUUUUACUUAGUGUUGGCUCUGGCUGUAGUUUCCUUCCUCUUCAUCACGUGUUUAGUGGUUAUUAUAUCAGUGAAAAUCUACAGAUGGAGACAGUCUCGUAUCCUGUAUCACUCCAAUCUCCCUGUGAUUCCAUAUUAUCCACCACGUUACUCAGACACUUUGGGGACAGGGACUCUCCAACACGUGUACAAUUACGAGGUGUGCAGGACGACUGACUCCAGAAAGAGUGACUGUAAGUUCGGCAGAGCUGGUAGUCAAAACGUGCUGAUAAUGGACCCCAGUUCUACAGGGACGAUGCAGCGGAUACAGAGUGAAAAGAGCAUCCUGGAUGAACCAGACUCUCCUCUAGAGGUUAGAACGUCUUAA